CCGGACCACCACCCAUCAGAAGAGGACGCGCGCUUGACCUGCAUGGACCGUCUUUCAGUCUUCGCUAGACUGGUACGUCACUUCAAGAGCCUCGCUGCGAACGUGAUGAUCGAUCUAUUGCAGGAGGAUUACCUUGCGAAGCCGUUAUGGUUCGAACGUUUGGCACUCCAGAAUAUGGAACUUCAGCUUGCCAUGCGUGGUUUGGUACAUGUCCCUGCAGCCAAUCCAGGUUCGCAGCCGCCGGGCGGUCAUGCAGCUCCGAAUGAAGCCCCGCCCACGAUAUCAACCAAGCGAGCAGCAGUCCAAGCUCCAGACCCCGGCCCAAAGCGUCGACGUCGGGGUGAUAACACUGGUGCGGGCGCAACCUCUCAAGAAGCAAUCGAUUUGACCAGCCCUCGCAAGGUUAGACCCUCAGCGGCUUCGGUUCCGGUGGAGGAGCACGCAAAGACUGGUACCGCCGAGAAGGAAAACGCUAUCGAGGCAAAUAAGGGGGAGAUUCCAGGCAAUAUUACCGAUGGUUCCAAGGCUGCUCAUCCCGGAGAGAACGGUCAAGAGUCAGGCGAGCAGGCGGCUGGCAGCGCUGCUGCGGAGUCUCUGGUGGACAAGGACACGAUGGACGUCGAUGUCUAAGGGUUCAUUGUGAUAGGCGUCUGACCUGUUUUCAGGAUACGGAGUUGUGGGCGUUGGUUACGAGAUUGUGGGUUUGUGGGGCGUCGGGAAUGUGUCCCUCUAUUCGGAGUUCGAAUCCAGUUUCCAGGGCCCGGCAUAGCGGCAUCGCUUCAGCAUAGUCAACCCCAAUAAAAGUUACUUACCUGUACUCCC